AUGAGAGGAUUGAGCUCUUGGAAUAAUGUACCUGCUGGACCUCCUGAUCCUAUUCUCGGAGUGACGGAAAAGUUCAAAGCUGAUACUUCUCCUAAGAAGAUCAAUCUCGGUGUUGGUGCAUACCGCGACGAAAACGGCAAACCUUACGUUUUACCUUCGGUUCAAAAAGCUGAGAAGUUGCUUUAUGAGGCUAAAGGUGAUAAAGAGUAUCUUCCCAUUACUGGUCUUGCUCCGUUUACGAAACUAGCAGCGGAGUUGGCAUAUGGAAAAGAGUCUAUUCCGUUGAAAGAGGGUCGUCUCGCCAUCACCCAAUCUAUCUCCGGUACAGGCGCACUUCGAAUUGGUACUGCUUUCCUAGCUCGUUUCUACCCAGGUGCAAAAGCCAUCUAUCUUCCUUCUCCGACAUGGGGAAACCAUAUUCCUAUUGCUAAAGAUUCUGGGCUGGAAGUGAAGCAAUACAAAUACUUUGACAAAGACACCGUUGGGCUGGAUUUCGAAGGAAUGAAACAAGAUAUCGAGUCUGCGCCGGAAGGUUCCAUCAUCCUUUUGCAUGCUUGUGCUCAUAACCCAACCGGUAUCGACCCAACCGAAGCUCAAUGGAAAGAACUGUCCGACUUGUUCAAAAAGAAGAAGCAUUUCCCAUUCUUCGACAUGGCCUACCAAGGCUUUGCAUCGGGUGAUAUUCUCAAAGAUGCCUUUGCUGUGAGAUACUUUGUCGAGCAGGGACAUCAGCUUCUCUUGUGCCAGUCAUUCGCCAAGAACCUCGGUCUCUACGGUGAACGUGUCGGAGCCAUCUCUUUCGUCUGUAGAUCUCCAGAGGAGAAGUCUAGGGUGGAUUCUCAGUUGAAGAUUAUCAUCCGACCUAUGUAUUCUAACCCUCCUAUCCACGGAGCUAGACUCGUGAGCGCUAUUCUAGGAUCACCAGAGUUGUACGAGGAAUGGCUGGUUGAAGUGAAAGGCAUGGCAGAACGUAUAAUCUCCAUGCGUACCAAACUGUACAACAAACUGGUCGAAUUGAACACUCCCGGUGAAUGGGGUCAUAUCAAAUCGCAAAUCGGAAUGUUCAGUUUUACCGGUCUGAAACCAGAACAAGUUGAUAAACUGGCGGAAAAAGCUCAUAUUUAUCUGACGAGGGAUGGAAGGAUUUCAAUGGCCGGGUUGAAUUCUGGUAACGUCGAAUAUUUCGCGGAGAGCGUUAGUAAAGCUGUGAAGGGUGAACUUUGA